GUGCUCAGCUGUGGGCCCCGGGGGCAGUCGGGCCCUCCCGGCCACUGGCUCCCGGCCCUGCCGCCCGUGCCGUGGAAGGAGCGGCUUGCAGGUGCCCCCGGUGCUCUGUGCCCAGGGCUGGGGAGGUGUGAGCCCUGAGCAUGAGCUGCUGCUCUGCAGGGACGCAGACACGCUGUCCCCGAAGAUGCGCGGCGCGAGUCCGAGUGUCACGCAGCGCGACACAGGGUGGCGACAUCCCGCUAAAUCAGCUGGGAACUGGAGCCUUUGUGUCGCUUGCACACUGUGCUCCCACUGGAGUAGCCUGGGAGAGAGGGAAAACACUCUUCCGAAGUUCCUGCAUGUUCAGAGAGUUUCUUUGCUCAGAAUUCGCGUGGGGCUGCGAUGCUGGGGUUAGGCUUUUGUGGGUGUGAGUAGUCAUGCAGCAAAGUUAGACCAAAAUUCCUGUGUCCUGACCAGCAUGGCAUUUACUCGCGUGUGUCAUGGGGACUCGGGAAGUGUGGGCACUCGUCUGUGCUUUCCUGGUUAUUCUCCAGAAAGCUCUUUCGGAGGUCCAGUGAGUAAGGGGAGGCAAUUGGGGGAAAAGACUGUAUGACAUAUUUCUUAAAAGUAUGAAUAACUUAAUCUUUGUAGUAAAAACAGGUAGGCAAGCCAGCCUUUUUAACAGCAGGACACAGAUGCUCAUCUGAGCUCUGUAGGCUUCUCUGGUUCCAGAGCUCUCCAGGCUUGCCUGAGAGGGUCUUCUUUGGACAGAGAGAGACUGAGUUAAGGGAAGUUUCUGAGCGAGAGAUGAGGCUUAUGCCACCAAAGCUACAGGUAGCUCUGUACUACCUUGUGAUGCAAGCGUGCCUUUGUCUCCAGGUCAUGCUUCUCUUCAGCCUGAAUUCCAACAGCAUUAGGCAUCCUUUUCUGGUACAGCUUUAUCAGGAAGACCUAGAGCCACUAUCAUUUUUUGUUCUGCGAACAACUAGUCUAGGGUUGGCUACCAAAUGGCUCUCUUGAAUAGACGAGUUGGUUUAUCCUUAACCCAUCUAAGCAGUGCUGUGAUCCAACGACAGUUCAGCAUCACUGGAGCGUGCCGAGCAAUACAGAAACUCACCCGCGUGCGAGUGGUGGACAACAGCGCCUUGGGGAACACGCCCUACCACCGGCCACCAAAAUGUAUCCACGUGUAUAACAAGACUGGAGUUGGCAAAGUUGGAGAUAAGAUCCUUCUGGCUAUCAAAGGAGAAAAGAAGAAGGCUUUAAUUGUUGGGCACAAGAUGCCGGGCCCCACCAUGAUGCCUAGAUUUGAUUCCAACAAUGUGGUACUCAUAGAAGAUAAUGGGAACCCAAUAGGCACUAGAAUAAGAACACCAAUACCCUAUACACUGAGAAGAAGAGAAGGCGAGUUCUCCAAAGUAUUGGCCAUUGCCCGCAACUUUGUAUGAAUGCUGAGAGGUCUUCAGCAACCCUUCUAUAUCUUUUCAUGCAGUAGCUGUUCCUUGGUCCUUUUCCAGAAGCCAGUGAAACAUGAAAAAGCUGAUGUUCAUCAAGAAUAUCUCCUCCCUUUUAAGAAUUUCAAGCAACUAAUUUAAAUAUUGAAAUAUUCUCUUUUUCUCCAAAAGAAGGUUGAUUUAUUUCACAGAACACCUGCAGUAUGUUUGGGAAACAGUCCUUCACCCUUAUUCCUCCUGUGGUGUUAAUCUGGUCUGUUAUCAUUAAAAUGAGACCGUGAAAAUC